AUGACAACAAGUGAAAAAAGUUCCACCUCCUCUCCAGCUGACAUUAUAAAAGGAUGGAAAACGGAUAGACUUAUCAAAUUUUUGCGAAGUGAUAAAAAUUUUAAAGACUUAGGUCUUAAUGAUGGCUUUUUUACAAAGCUUGAGGAUGAAAAAAUCACUG